UUUACCCUCCUAAUGUAGAGAACCACGCUGUUUAAAAUUACUAAAUUGUGUUUUAAUUUAAUUUUCAACCGUUUGCUGCAAUUUAAUUUAAAUAAUGUUUUCAGCUGUUCAUAUGACUUUUAUUUUAUCUUACACUGUUUACAUAUUUAUAGAAAUGGACAUUACGGUUCCGUGACUUUUAUUAUUUUCAGGUGACGUCAUCGCGCCGCGCCCGCAGCGUAGCAGAGGCCCUGAGUCGGACUGAGGAGCUGCAGAUCAGCACUGUAAUCAGAGAAUCACGGCGAUCGAGGACAAAUCUGCCCGUCGGGACGGUUAGAGCGGACUGUCCGGACCGUGUGUGGGUGAGAGGAGAGCAUGGAGCCCGGAGAGGAGACGAGCGGCCGCAGCGCCGCGCAGCGCAGAGCGGAGAGCCGCCGGAGGAGGCUGCUGCAGAACUCCGAGCAGAGGAUGAGCCGGAUAGUGGGCUUCAACAAGAGCGACUCGGACAGCAGCGAAGCCCGCCGUGUGAUGGAGCCCCGUUUCCAUCUGGACCUGGACAGGAAUGAGUCCUGGUCACCGCCAGUUUCCACCAAAAGACUCUCGCCGUACGUUUCGGAGGCAGGUGGGAGCAGCACCACCCCAUGUGAGACCCCCGAGAGGAGGGGCUCUCCCCUGCCGGACAGCAGAGAAGACCUGGGGGAUGACGACGUGUCCCGGGGCGUCCGGCAGAGGCCACGGGGGGAGCUGUCCAGCGAUGAACAUUCUCGCUCCCCCCGCAGGGGCCUGCAGAAGUACCUGUCCCGCUUCGACGACGCUAUGAAACUGAGAGGUCAGCUGGCGAGCGAGAAGGCGGCACAGGACAGCAGCGCGGACCCCGAGGAGUUGGACUCCUUUCGGCUCUUCCGGCUCACCGGGAGCGUUCUUCUCGCCGUCUUCGUACGCAUAUUCGUCUGCCAGUAUCUGUCAAUAUUUGCACCAUUUCUCACCCUUGAGCUGGCCUACAUGGGAUUAUACAAAUACUUUCCUAAGGUGGAGAAAAAGAUGAAGACCACCGUUCUGACCGCUGCCCUCCUACUGUCCGGCAUCCCAGCUGAGGUUAUCAACCAUUCCAUGGACACUUACAGGAAGAUGGGCGACGUUUUCGCAGACCUCUGCGUCUACUUCUUCACCUUCAUCCUGUGUCACGAGCUGAUCCUCUUAUUCGGCUCGGAGUCGUCGUGAUGGGGCAGCGGAGUUAGGAGCGCUGACCGCUGCGUGACCCUUUCAAUUGUGCUGCUCUGUAAGCUGUUUUAGACCUUUCCCAAACCCGUGCCACGGUCUCUGCGCUUUCAGACGGAAGAACGUAAGAGAUCGGAAUGUGUUCAUGUGUGCGGACGUCGUUAUCGAUUAUAAGAAAGUCUUUAUCUUACACCACAGAGCUGACAGGUUAGCACAGUGUGCUCACCAGCCCUGCUCCUGGAGAUCUGCCCUCCUGAAGAGCUCACGUCCAACCCUGACUGAUCCCAUUAGGUCCAGAUCAUCAGUAGAGUUCAUUAGGGAUGUAAACAUUCAAAAAUGGAUAAAUUCGGAUUAAAUCUAUCUGAAUUAGAACUACAGAGAGUAUUAGAACUAAACUCUGAUAUUUUAGCACAUUAACCCAAAACCACCUGAACAUUCGUUCAUAUCUAAUUAUAGAGACAUUUUUUCACCUUUAUCUGCCAAUACUGAUAUCACUCCGGUGUCAUCGUUCAACCCUACACUCACUUACUCUGGUCAGAUGUGUUUGUGGACUGGAGCUGAUGGUGGAUCUCCAGGAGCAGUCUUGGAGACCACAGGGUUAGCAGUUUACACUUCUCCAGUUUGUUUACUGCAGUGGUCACCAACCCUGGUCUUGGAAAUCCACCUUCCAGCCACCCCUGCUCCAAAUCCUCUGCAGAAGUCCUUACCUGCGUCCAGAACCUCAUCACACUGAACAGCUUGUUAAAAUAGUACACCAACAUUGGCAGUGCUCAUUAGGACAGCGUGUGUAGUGUGUUAGUGUCCAAACUGCGGACCAGGAUCAGAACUUUAAAUCUUUAAAUGGUCAUGACAGUAAAUUAGUUUAUGUAAAUGCAUCUCAGCUUAUCUCAGCACGUUAUACGUCCUCAGAACCACAAGCUGUGUGAACUCUGUUCUCCACCAGAACCAGCGUCUUACACUCUGGUCAGAGCUUCUGCUCCAUGUAGCCUUUUUGAAAAGCCUUGUUGCUGAUGUUUCAGAGCUGAUAUCUUCUGUCUUGUGUCUGUGUUUUGGUCACUGGAUCCUCUGAUGUGGUUAUGGGUUGAAACAUGAAGGUUGCUACGAGCGCUAACGGCUAUACGCACUGAACUGACGUCGCGUGAAAGUGAGUCUGCUUUCAAACUUCAACACCAGCUCCUCAAACCUCAGCAUGAAACUGACAAAACCUUUAUGAGGUCAAUCUUAUGUUGCGCAGCAGUUUUAGCUCAUGUAGCAUUUAACGUUAAUAUUUCAGCUCUUCAUGAUUCAGAAGACGAAAUGAAACUGUAAAUUGAAACAGCAGCAACUUCCAGAGAAGAAAGCACAGAAAGACCUAACGGCUACAGCCCACUGGAUCAGAACCCUGCUGAACAAAGACCAUUAGAACCAUUUGGAUUAAAGCCUGAUAGGUUUGCUUUCUAAUGGGAAUUGGGUUAAUACUUAUCAUUACAGACCACUAGUUUCCUGUAGGACACCUUUGGAUCACGUCAGGAAACCAUCACCUGGAAUCAGAACAUCUGAUAAGCUAUUAGGGUCUUUUACACUGUGAUAAAACAUCAUUAGGUAAAACACUACUGGACACCUGCAGGGCAGCUCUGAUAGUACAAAGCUCAGCUAUAGCUCAUAGGAAGUGUGCAGAUAAACAAGAAGUUCAUUUUAUACUCUACUGUAAAUGUAAUGGAAUAAAACUCAACAUCAUUGAAUGAAUUUAUCAUGUUCAGUCUCAGAUAAUUAACUCUAACAAACUGCUUUCCAGUUAAACCGUAUGAGCUGAAAUAUGAUGUGUCAUGGCGAGUAACAUUAGCUAAGGUCAAAACAGUCGCUUACCAUGCAUCUGUUUCCCUUAACCACUUCUGGUUGACGUGUUUCCUGGUGUAAAUUCACUGUGGAUCUGCUGUGUGAGUUUAAUGUAGUACAACAGAUCUGCAGUGCAAACAGACAUAACUACGCUGUGUUACGUCUGCCUGCGCUGGAAACAAUGACUCAGUAUUUGUUUUUUUGUUUUUUUCCCCCAAAUUUCCUCCCCAGUUUAGUCGUAUCCAGUUCCGCCCACUAGUCAGGACCCAUUCACACAAUACCAUCAGCUCUAAGAGUGCGAAGGCAAACACAGGCUUCCUCCGAGUCCUGCGAAGCUCCACUGUGUCUUUUCAAACUGCUGCUAACGCAGCGUCAUUGGCUUGCUGAACGUGCUCAGAGGAGACGCUAACCGCCAGCUCUGUUACAUCAGCUAAUAGACAUCUGCACUGGCUAGCAUCACGCUGAGUGGAGGGGGAGAAGGGGGGCCAUCCUACCCACCCAGAGAGAGCGAGGCCAGUUGUGUUCUCUUGGAC